UACUUCGACAGUUUCUGCUGACUAAGAAUGUUGUGGCACAUGUUUUUUAUGUUGUGGGCUUCAUCUGCUAUUUUUCUACCAGGAAGGUCUGUCCUCUGUAAGGAGAUGAAACUCCCCAGCAGAGCAGCCAAGCCCCCCUCUCCAUCUGACUUUCUGGACAAACUGAUGGGACGCACAUCUGGCUAUGACGCCCGUAUCAGACCAAACUUCAAAGGUCCUCCUGUCAACGUCACAUGUAACAUCUUCAUCAACAGCUUUGGGUCCAUCACUGAGACAACCAUGGACUACCGGCUCAAUGUAUUUCUGAGACAGCAGUGGAAUGACCCUCGGCUGGCUUAUAAGGAGUACCCUGAUGACUCUCUGGACCUGGAUCCCUCCAUGUUGGACUCCAUUUGGAAACCUGACCUGUUCUUUGCAAAUGAGAAGGGUGCAAACUUUCACGAGGUCACAACAGACAACAAACUGCUGCGGAUAUUUCAGAACGGAAACGUCCUCUACAGCAUCAGGCUGACCCUCACCCUCUCCUGUCCCAUGGAUCUGAAAAACUUCCCCAUGGACAGUCAGACGUGCACGAUGCAGCUUGAGAGCUUUGGCUACACUAUGAAUGAUCUUAUUUUUGAGUGGCUGGAUGUGGGAGCAGUUCAAGUGGCUGAUGAUCUCACGCUCCCUCAGUUUGUGCUGAAGGAGGACAAAGGCCUCGGUUACUGCACCAAACACUACAACACAGGCAAAUUCACCUGCAUUGAGGUCAACUUCUACCUGGAGCGUCAGAUGGGUUACUAUCUGAUCCAGAUGUACAUACCCAGUCUGCUAACCGUCAUCCUCUCCUGGGUGUCAUUCUGGAUCAACAUGGAUGCUGCUCCGGCUAGAGUGGGACUGGGGAUCACUACAGUGCUCACCAUGACGACACAGAGCUCCGGAUCCAGGGCAUCCCUGCCAAAGGUGUCUUAUGUGAAAGCCAUCGACAUCUGGAUGGCGGUGUGUCUUCUGUUCGUGUUUGCUGCACUGCUGGAGUAUGCGGCUGUUAAUUUUGUUUCACGGCAGCACAAGGAGUUCUUCAGACUGAGGAGGAAGCUGAAGGAGCAACAGCGGCAGAGAACUGAGGAUGAGCUUGCACAGCAGGGUUUACUCUUCCAGAGUUUUGGACUUGCCAGUGCACCUGAAAUGGAUGCAACUCCAGUUUUUGCAGACCUACCUCCAGGUUUAGGUUUCUACGACAUACGCAGGCGCUUUGUGGAUCGAGCAAAGAGGAUUGAUACCAUCUCUCGAGCUGUUUUCCCCAUGAGUUUUCUCAUGUUUAACGUCCUCUACUGGCUCACCUACAAAGUUCUACGACAUGAGGAUCUUCACUCCGCAAUGUGACAUCACAGCAGAGGAGCAUGAAGACUCUGGGAACCUUUAAUUCUGCUCCCUUCACUGAAACAUUUACAGACUAAGAGUCCUCAGCUGAGCCAUGACAAAUGGGUUUUGACUGUAUGUCCAGUGCCACUGGGAAAUCCUGUGACAUGGAAAUGUCCAGCAGCUCCUUUUAAUUUUUAAUACUUUUAAAGAAAUGCACUCCUUUUUAGCACUGAUGUUUACAGCAUCACACCUCAGUCAACAGUACAUGAGUACAGUGGGCAUCUUAAAGACAUCAACUCACACAUUUUCUGUUAACAUUUCUGUAUGUAUGUGCCAAUACUGUAGUUUCACAUGUAUCUGGACUGCAGAUCAGCUGUUUUUUUUGUUUUUCCAUUAACUUUACUGAAGCCAUACUCAACAGUGCCCAGAGCAACAGAUUUCAUAUCCCCAGAGGCAGAAAAGACACUGUGGUGUCAUUUUAGUGACUUUAUACUUCACAGAGCUCAAAGAUAGAGUAUCUAAAAAUCAUUUUCUUUGUAGGAUUCAGAAAUAUAAGACUUACUGAUAUUUUCUUAAUCAUAAAAGUAUUUUAAUCAACAUCUUAUGCAUAACUAUAUUUUUAGUCCCUGCUGGGCAACCUGUCUAUAUAAAAAGAACAAAUUAAGAUUAUUUGCCAAAAUAAAUGGAGGUGUGAAUAUCCAUAUAUCAUUUAAAGUCACUGUGUAUUGGUAAUAAGGCAUGACACACUAUCUUUUAGAAUCACUAGUCCAAUAGUUUGGGAAUUACUACAUGUUCAACAAUGACAAUUCCUCCACAGUCUUACUUUCAAAAAUAUAUUCAUUAGGAAAGUUUGAUGCAAGACCUUCAUCAGGCAACUUCCUCUUUUUUGCCAAAUGAAGGUUUAGCAUCAAUAUGUUGUUGAUGAAUAUAUUUUUUUGUAAGUUAAUUUACUUAUUAUUUUUCUUAGCACCUGUCUUACAGAAUAGAUGAUCAAAGUAUUUUGAUCAUUUGCAUUACUCAAUGUUAAAAAGCUGUUGGGCGUAUUGAUCUGUUUAACCCUUCUAAAAAAUGACAUUAACCCUCCUGUUAUGUUGUGGAUCAAAUUGACCCUUUUUAAAGUCCAUAUUAGGCAAUAUACGCCUUCCAAACCUGCUAAAUGCAGCAUGAAAAUCUGGGCGGCAUGUGACAGAAUGGGUUUCGUGUUAAUUUAUCAAAACCACUUCAAUUCUAAAAAAAAAUUAAUCAAGUUGUAAAAUAAAAUAAACAAAAAUCUAUGUCAUGUAAAACUACCAUAUUUAUAGUAUUUCCAAUGUGCAUUAAAACAAGUUUUAACAUGAAUCUUGAUGAGUUAUCCUCAUUGAGCUAUGAUCUGUGAGA